CGGGGACGGAACUGGGGCGGGGCGGGCCGGAGCGCCGCGAAGGGCGGCGGAGGGCUGCGGGCUCCCGGCUGCGGGCAGCCGUGGAACAUGACGGCCGGCCGCCAGGCCGAGGGCGCGGACCUCGACCCCGCCUCCACGCGGCUGCCCUCCCGGCUGGCCAAGCUGCUGUCGGCGCUUUUCUACGGGACUUGCUCCUUCCUCAUCGUGCUGGUCAACAAGGCACUGCUGACCACCUAUCGAUUCCCAUCACCAGUUUUUCUUGGAAUUGGGCAGAUGGCAGUGACCAUAAUGAUACUGUAUGUAUCCAAACUAAAUAAACUAAUUCAUUUCCCUGAUUUUGACAAGAAAAUUCCUGUGAAGCUGUUUCCUCUGCCUCUUCUCUACGUUGGAAACCACAUAAGUGGAUUAUCAAGCACAAGUAAAUUAAGCUUGCCGAUGUUCACCGUGCUCAGGAAAUUUACCAUUCCACUCACUUUACUCCUGGAAACCAUCAUACUUGGGAAACAGUAUUCCUUGAGCAUCAUUGUCAGUGUUUUUACCAUUGUGCUUGGUGCUUUCAUAGCAGCUGGUUCUGACCUCGCCUUUAACUUGGAAGGCUAUAUUUUUGUAUUCCUGAAUGAUAUCUUCACAGCAGCAAAUGGAGUUUAUACCAAACAGAAAAUGGACCCCAAGGAGUUGGGGAAAUAUGGAGUGCUUUUCUACAAUGCCUGCUUCAUGAUUAUACCGACUCUUAUCAUUAGUGUCUCUACCGGAGACCUUCAACAGGAAUGUGUGUUCCCACAUCCAAACCUUUGCUUUAUGAACAGGCUACUGAAUUCAAUGAAUGGAAGAAUGUUCUCUUUAUCGUACAGUUUCUUCUUUCCUGUUUUUUGGGGUAAGAAAUCAUCCGUUUCUGUUGAUGUAUUCCACAGUUCUGUGCAGCUUUUACAAUUCGGCCCUCACAACAGCAGUGGUUGGAGCCAUCAAGAAUGUAUCCAUUGCCUACAUUGGAAUGUUAGUUGGUGGAGACUAUAUUUUCUCUAUGUUAAACUUUGUAGGGUUAAAUAUUUGCAUGGCAGGGGGCUUGAGAUACUCCUUUUUAACUCUGAGCGGCCAGUUGAACCCUAAACAACCCGUGGACGAAGAAAACAUUCCUCAGGCUUUGAAGAGUUAGAAUCUGAGGCAGGAUUGCGGACUGGGACCAUAGGCGGGGCGGGGCGGGACUGAGGGGCGGGGCUGGGGGUGGGGCAUCCCCGCUGUAGGAACCUGAAGCCAGACGUUUUGGUCACGGACAGCACUCAGACA